GAUAAUUCCACGUUUAAUUCUAGUGUUAACCAGAUCGAAGAAAGAACAAAUAUAUUUUAUGAUCCAUCAAAGCACAAAACACAAAUAGAGACUCGCAAAUCUACAGAAGAAGGAACCCGUAAUUAUAUUCGAACACAGUGGGUUUCCGAGGACUUCGAUGCUGAAGAUCUUAAAUCAUCCAAUAUAUCCCAGCCUUUCACAGUAGUCAGUCCGGAGUCCACAUUUAUCGAAAAGCUUUUAGAAGAAAGAUAUCAAAGGCGAAUUGUCAGCAAACAACUUCCUAUUGAUAACGAUGUCUCUUCGAUGCCAGCUCAAUAUUUAAUGUUAUUGGAAUCGGAAAUUUUUCAUGCAACAUACACUUCAGAUUCAACACCCUCAGAAUUGUGGAAUAAAUUUGGACAGUGGAUAGGUUUCGAUAAG